AUGUCCAUCGAAGUCGACUGGGCGGCGGCCACCUCUGGCCCGGACGGUGAAGCCCUAGCGGAGCGGAUUCGCGCAUUUGUCCACGACAAGUUCCAGCAAGUACCUCUGCCACGCUUUAUCCGCUCAGUCCAAGUACAUUCCUUCGAGUUUGGAACAAUUGCCCCCGACUUCGAGAUCAAAGACUUCUGCGAACCAUUCGCCGAUUUCUACGAAGAAGAUGACGAUGAUACGUCCGCAACAUCAGAGGAGCUUUCAGAGCAGUGGUCUCACUCUGACUAUGACGAUGGCCUGCAAUUGAACCACGCUCAUAGCCCUCACAGCCAUCCCCCAUACCCCGGUGAAGCGUUCCAGCCUUCCGCCCUGCGAUACCCAUUACCCCUUGGGGACCACCUCAAUCCGCACUUCCUGCCCCGCGCAGGGACCCCCGGCAUCCCAGGCGGCACGUCCACCCUUGGCCACCAUCUGAUGUCCCAAUUUGCAAACGGUUGGCCUGAGCCGCCAUUAGCUCAAGCUAAUCGCCCACGACCUCGCCCACCCCAACGGCCAGACCCCGAACUCGACACCACCACCUCCGCCUCACGACCCUCGACCGCAAACACUCACCCCUCACACCCAUCCAUCGCCCAAACUGGCAGCAGCGGAUCAAACCAAAAUGCUCCAGAUCCAGCCGACAUUCCCCAGCCCUCCACCGAGCAAACCAUCGACCCUUCCGCCCCCAUCCCGCCGCGCAUGCGCGAGCGCCGCCCCGAAGAUUUCCAGAUCUUGUGCCACGUGAAGUACGCCGGGGACGUGCGUAUGUCACUUACAGCCGAAAUCCUCCUGGACUACCCCAUGCCCAGCUUCGUGGGGCUGCCGCUCAAGCUCAACGUUACAGGGAUCACGUUCGACGGAGUCGCUGUGGUCGCGUACAUUCGCAAACGUGUGCACUUUUGUUUCCUCUCGCCGGAAGAUGCGGAUGCGCUGCUCGGCUCGGAAGCCCAGGACCAGGGGAGUCGGAAUCCCAGCGAUGACGGGCGGUCCCGGUCUGGGAGUGACCAGAAGCGGCAGGGCGGGUUGCUGCAGGAGAUCCGGGUGGAGAGUGAGAUCGGGCGGAAGGAAGAGGGGAAGCAAAUGCUGAAGAACGUUGGCAAAGUGGAGCGCUUCGUACUUGCUCAGGUGCGGCGGAUCUUUGAGGAGGAACUCGUAUACCCCAGCUUCUGGACUUUUCUUAUCUAG